UGAGAUGCGAGCAAAGUGGAGGAAGAAGCGUAUGCGAAGACUGAAGCGAAAGCGGAGGAAGAUGAGGGCAAGGUCCAAGUAGGAACCUUGCAAAAGACAGCGGUGCCUUUGAAGCAGCUUGGAAACCUGUUUUCUACGAAAAAUGCAGUCCGCCUUUGAAGAAAACCUCUCAUUUAGUUUCAUUAUCUCACACUCAAAUGGACUUUCACGCCUGACUUUCUUUUGAAUAGACGAGAAAUCCCUAACUCAGCGCCCUUGAGAAUUUCUGGGGGAAUUGAAAGAAACUUCAAUUUAUCUAUGGAUUACGUAUUCGUUAAUCCUUUCAACUCAAGGAUGUGGAAAUUCUUGUCAUUUGACCUUAUUUCAAAUGAACUUUCGAAUUGAAGGCAUCCACAUGCAGCCUUGAUGGGGGAAAUGUCUUGCUUUCUAGUCGAAAUUUCAAGGCAAAACUUAAAUUGAAUUUAUCCGAAUUUUAUCUAGUCUAUUCGCAAGUUCGUCUUGACGUGAACAAUAUUUUUCUUUUCUUCAAUUUUUUCAAUGGUGACUCGUUCCAGGAUGGGAAAUUACGCGUUAAUCCGUUAGUCAUGUGACGAAACUCGGAAGGGGGGAUUCACUUUUUUUGUGCGGAAUCCAGUGCGAGGUGGGAAUGGACGCCCAGCAGUCGACGGGCGCGGGGCCGAGUGCAUCGACGGGCCCGCCGUCGAAAGUGACUCACUGGCACCAGCUCAAAGUCACCGUCGUCAAAGCCAGUCUUCAGCACUCUUCUAUCCUUAAGCCCAACUGUUACGUGGAAAUCACGGUCGACGGAGACAGUGCCAAGAAGACGGAGAUCGUAAGGAACACCUGCGAGCCUCAUUUCGACGAAAAGUUCACCUUGUUGGUUACAGGAUCGUCGUUGAUCACGUUCCAUGUGGUGUCGCAUAGCUUUUGGCGUGAUACAGUGUUGGGAGAAGGGAAGAUCUCGGUGGACUCCAUUAUUAGGAGUGUUGGCGGGCACAUUGACCGUGUCAAGUGUGACCUGACUCUGACACGGGCGCCGAGUCCCAAGGAAACUGCGGAUCCGUCCAGUUCUCCUCGACGAGUCGGACGUUUGGAAGUUGUGCUGGAGGGUCCACCAGAUGGAGUUGCUUUAGUUUCCAAUGGAACCGGCGGGGAAUCGUAUUGCGGAGAACAGCGUUCCUCCGCGUCCGUGUCGCGCAUUUCCAACGGCACCAACGGAACGUCCGAGUCGACGGAGAACGAGACUUCGCGUGGCCCGCAGCUGGGCUGGCGACCAGGUCUACCGCCGGCCUACAUGGCCCGUUCUCCGCGAUCGGAGAACGACUCUUCGGACGCCGGUAAUGCCGCCCCGCCGCCGGGAAUCAAUCCGCACGCGAGAAACAUUCCAGCAGGCGCCGGAGCUAGGCCGAAAAUCCGUCCUGUCCCUCGAGCAGCUGCACCCGCGGUGCCUGCUGCUGGUGGCCCCAAUGGUAGCUUAGUGACGAAUGACGCCAUGAAUGUGACGACGACUUCUGCUGCUGCUGCUGUUGGCUCUACUGUUGUGGACAUUCCGCCUUCGUCGCAAAACCCUACGGAACUGCCAGAGCCGAGCGCAUCUGUUUCGAUCACCGUGGAUGAGCACGGCGGGGAAACAGCAACAACAACGUCGUCGUCAAGUGUGCAACCAGUUGGGGUUUCCCGGGACGGAAACCUAGUGAGCAACAGUAAUGGUUCAGAAAGCCAGAAUGGUGUCGCGGUACCCGCGGACGAACAACACCGCGGGGUUGCCGGGAAUUCGAGUCGGACGCCCAGUUCGUCGACGACCAGCCAACCAGUGCCGCCUCGUCGACAAGGGCCAGCUGGUUCCAGAGUGCCGCCUGCGGGACAACCUCAGCGUGAUAAUGAGCCUCUUCCUCCAGGGUGGGAGAUGCGUUAUGAUCGAUUGGGUCGACGGUAUUACGUGGACCACAACACCAAGAGCACGACGUGGGAGCGACCGGCGCCCUUGCCCCGAGGCUGGGACAUGCGACGAGAUCCCAGAGGUAGGAUCUACUAUGUGGACCACAAUACCAGGACGACUACCUGGCAACGUCCCAACCCGGAAUCUCUGUCCCGCUACCACCAGUGGCAGGGCGAGCGAUCCAUGGUGGUGGAACAGGGCGCUCAACGGUUCUUGUAUCCG